AUGCCUCGCUUUCAAGUUCCAGAGUCGCCAGAGCCACCGGAGCUGCUGCAGCCACCAGAGCCCCCAGAGCAACAGGGGCUUCUAGAGCAACCGUCUCGAUACCUACUGCGGUCACAACGAUCGCCAUCUGAGAGGGUCGCUAAGCUGAGAGUUCCAGAUCGCGGAGCUCCAAAAGAGCAUGAGAGAAAGGCUCACAGGGACUGA